UCCGGACGGGACUCACACGCUGCUGCUGUCUCUCCUCCAAACUUUGCCUCUUUCCACAUUUUUUCACAACUUGUCACAUCUCUGCAAAAGUCCGAGACAUCAGUCUUGGCUGCAUGGCUACAUGAAAGUUUCAUGGACUUGGAUCUUGGAAAACUUUUAGCGACGCUUUAUUGGAGCUCGUCGCCUCUAUAGUUACUGUGGAUUACUGACAUACCGCAGGACCUUUGGCAGCUAUUUAUUGGGGGUUAUCACCGUGUCUUCUGCAGAGGUCUGAGCCGAGAUGGGGAGCAAAGCCCUGCACGCUCCGAUCCCCCUGCACCCAGCCCUGCAGCUCACAAACUACUCCUUCCUGCAGGCCGUCAACACUUUCCCCGCUGACCAGCUGCAGGGACUGUACGGCCUCAGCGCCGUGCAAACCAUGCACAUGAACCACUGGACUCUUGGCUACCCACACAUGCAGGGACUGAGGUCGACGAUCACGGCAGCCGCCCAGGGUCUGGUCGACCCACGGAUUCCCUUCCCAGCUUUGCCCUUCACCGCCGCGGCGCAGUUAUUCCAUCCAAAGCAAGCCACCGUCGCGCACGGCGUCCCCUCGCUGCAAAAGGACAGGCCGAGAUUUGACUUCGCGAACCUGGCCCUCGCUGCCACGCAGGAGGACCCACCGAAAGCUGCGGACCUGGCAAAGCUGGCAUCGGGACUAGGGGGAACCAUCUCCGAGCUGAGCAAGCUGUCCCCGGACAGAAAACCCACCAGGGGCAGGCUACCAUCCAAGACUAAAAAGGAAUUUAUUUGUAAGUUCUGCGGCAGGCAUUUUACCAAGUCCUACAACCUCUUAAUCCACGAGAGGACCCACACAGAUGAGAGGCCCUAUACUUGUGACAUUUGCCACAAGGCUUUCAGAAGACAAGACCAUCUCAGAGACCACAGAUACAUCCACUCCAAGGAAAAACCGUUCAAAUGUCAAGAAUGUGGGAAGGGAUUCUGUCAGUCUCGAACUCUAGCCGUCCAUAAAACCUUACACAUGCAGGAAUCUCCACACAAAUGCCCCACAUGCGGAAGAACCUUUAAUCAAAGAAGUAACCUGAAAACUCACCUUCUCACCCAUACAGACAUCAAGCCCUACAGCUGUGGCCGCUGCGGAAAGGUGUUUCGGCGCAACUGUGACUUGCGACGGCACAGUUUGACGCACAGCCCACAUCAGGACUACUAGCCUGGAGAAACAAAAAUAACAAUGGACAAAACGCAGAAAGACAAAUCAGCGACAAUUUUUCUUUUGGAUCAAGGACAAUCUCCAAGUGAGGACAUGUUUACUUCAGCACGUUUUAGAGUGGGAUUUGGUUGCACCUCAAGCGGAACAACAGCGGAGCCAGUGCCAUGUCCAACUUUCACACCACCUGUAAAUAUCAAAUGUACAUAAUGUUGUUGCUCAUGUUGUUGUUGUUGUGUUUUUUAAUGUUCUUUUUCUGACCUUGAAAUGGUAAAGUUGUCAAAAAACAGUCAUAAAUUUAAAGUAUGUUAAAUUGUAUUUUAGAAAUAAAUAUUUCCAUGAUACA